CGCCUGCAGUUUCUUUGAUUAUCUCCCUUGCUAUCAGAUAUCGGGAUUUUGGAAUGUCUUCACCAGUCUUCUUUCUGUUGUUCUCUUUAUCAACACAAACUCACAGCUUCACUUCUACGAAUAACAAGGAGUGUGAAUCCGAUAUGAUGGCCUUAAACAACAGAGAGAGAGAUGUGUCAGAAAUGUCACCAACGCUGAUCCCGAAAUAACAUUUUCUGCUUUCUGGAAGAAAUAAUUUACAGUAUCAUCUUUUCGUCAUUGAACCAGCUCCCUAUCAAGUCCCUAUUUCCACCGCUUCAAUCUCUCCUUGUUUAACUUACAAUAAUAUAGGCAUCUGUUGUCUUUGACCCUUAAUAAUAACCAGUAACUUGUGGUGCAGAGAAGUUCACAGUUUAUCUUCAAGGCAUUUGUGUUAAAUUUCUCUCCCUGUUCUUGUAGUUGCUUAAUGAAACUGGUUUUCCUGGGGUGGGUUACCAUGUCUUCGUUAAACAUUUGAUUAAGCCAAGCAAACACAGUUUGAAACAGACUUGUAAACUAAUGAUUUUAGCAGCAGCUCCUUGGCCAAAAUAUUCUUCAUAAUUAUAGCUUUAUGAUUAAUUAACAGAGCAUUAUAUUGAACUCCGUAAUCAUUUAGAGUCAUGUUAUAAUUUAGUAAUUUGAAAGCAAGCAGUACAUUUAUACAGAAUUAAUUAGGGAUGUUAGCUAGACAAGGAUGAUGAUGUGUUUAAGAAAUGAAGGACCAGCCUGAAGAAAAUAGUUUGUUGCAAAUUUAAAAGCCUAACGAGAUACACAGCAGUAUUAAUUCUAGAGACGGCCUCAUCGGUCAGCACCACCAGACAUCAUGUACUCAAUCCAACCCAUGUAUCCGAUGGGUAACCAGUUUCAAUUUGAUAUCCAUAACCAAGCGUUUUACCAGUCCAGCCCUCACCAUCGUCACCAUCACCACCAUCACACUGCAAGUAAAACACAUUCUAAAAAUAUUGCAAACACACAGAACCAACCGAUUGACUCGGCGGAGCAUCAAGUGUCAAACACGUCAACUAGUGUUGCCUACAGUGACAGUACCACUCCAAUUGGUGGCGGCGGUGGUGGUGGUGGUAUUGGUGGUGUUGGUGGUGGUGGUAUCACUAGUGGUGUUGUUAGUGGUCUUACUAGUAGUAUUAGUAGCAGCGGUAGCACUGGAACUAGUAGUUCAGAUAAACCAUUUAAAUGUGAUGUGUGUCGUAAGUCUUUCUCUCGGAAGGCAAACCUUAGCAACCAUGAACAUGCUGCAGCGGCAGCAGCAGCAGCAGCAGCAGCAACCUCUGGCACCGGAGACGGACAGAACAUCUCUGCUUCCGCUGCUCCUUUGAAGCAUUUCACCUGCAGUUUUUGCAUGAAAACCUUUUCUCAGAAAGUGUUCCUGAAAAACCACGAACUGACUCACACAGGGGUCCGACCCUUUCAGUGCCCUUCUUGUCCGAAAGCUUUUGCUCAAAAGGUCCACUUGAAAGUUCAUUCGAGGAUUCACUCGGGAGAAAAACCCUAUCACUGCACUUACUGUUCAAAAGCAUUUGCACAGCGGGACCACCUCAGCAACCACGAACGAGUGCACACAGGCGAGAGACCAUUCCAUUGCACAUUCUGCUGCAAGGCAUUUGCGCAACGUUCUCACUUACGCAACCACAUCAGAACACACACAGGGGAGCGACCAUAUACUUGUUUUACGUGCAACAAAUCAUUUUCACAGAGGAGCCAUCUGAACAACCACCAUCGUACACACACAGGAGAGAAAAUCUACAGCUGUGACACAUGCCAUAAAUCCUUUGCCCAGAAGGCACAUUUGACCAUUCACCAAAGAACUCAUUCUGGAGAGAAGCCGUUCAUUUGUACAGUCUGUGGCAAAGGGUUUCCUCAGAGGGUGCACAUGAUAAAACAUGAACGAAGCCAUAGUAGCGAGGACUUACAGCGGUCGACGACGUUUCAACAGUCGAACACUUCGGCUAACAACCAGUGUCAGCGUUCGUCAUCGUUGUCUGCGUGUUCUUCGUCUAACUGCAUGCUUCCUUGCCAGGCUCCGUGCAUGGCCUCACCAUCUGUGGCGAUUUGUCAGUGUCAGUGCUCACAGCUGUCCAACCAACCAAUGUCCUCGAAUCUAUCGAUGAAUCCAGCCACUGGUCACGGUAUGUGUCAGCGCGGCCCUCCGGAGAAUGUGUCGUCUCGGUCGCAGAAAAACACUUGCAUGAACUCAAACAUGGCUGGCAAUAUGUGUCCAGAACAAAUACUGGAUGACUGCCAGAUGUGUACGAGAAUGUACCCCAAAUGGAAUAGUAAUGUCACCAAUUGCUGUAAUGGGGGAAAGCAAAUGAAAAACAUGAACCAUUCCCAGACUUAGCCAUCUUCACUCUUUCCCUGUUCACCAUUCUUCAUUCUUUCUUUUGCAUUUCCAACGUAGACAUGUUGUCUGUGAGGACAUGGUACCAGCUUUCUAAGUCACUAUCCCAUCCAAAGGACAUGUGGGACAGGUUUUUUAUGUUGUUAUUGUAGUUGUUGUUAUUGGGUGACGGUUGUGUACCUUGAAUUCUCCAGGGGUUAGGGUCAGAAAUGUUAGAGAAAAGGGACAGUAGGCACUCGGAUCCAUGACACUAUGAUAACAUGAUCAUUAAAUCUUAUAACGAGAAUAGGCAGAAAAGGAGGAGGAUAAUUAUAAUGAUAAUGAAAUUAAAGAAAAUAACAAAAUUAAACAUCGGUUAUUCGUAAUUAAAUUGCCUAAUUUAAUAAUUAUAACAACAGGAUUCUCUGUAAAAUUGUGCAAAUUGUGCAGCUUUCAUAAGACUUCACUGACCUUUACACUAUGAUGACCUCUCCAUAGAAACCAUCACUAUGGUGACCUCAAGACUGGACCCAUCACUGUCGUGAUCCCUACAUGGAAUGAGGAGAAUUUGGACAUUUCGUAAUGGUGACUUAUUUAUUGGAGGUUAUUCACAUCCAUUGGACAUAGAAAGUGUUCAUUGAUUUGUGUUAAUUAAUCUGUGUUUACUGACUUGUAUGUUCAUUGAUCUGUGAACAAAGCAUUGUUGAUAGUUCACUGUUAUUUUAUAGAUUGCCAUUUUUGUUUGUUGCAGAAGGCACCGGUUGCAUGUAUCAUACAAUUAUACACACUGUAACAUGUAUAGAGUAUGUAUUUAUAUGCAUAUAUUUAUCUAUGUGUAUGUACACACACGCACACAAGCACACACACGCACACACACACACACACACAUACACACACACAUGCACGCAUGUGUGUGUGUGUGUAUAUAUAUAUGUAUUGAAAAAUAGUAAAUACACUCUCUUAUUACUCAGCUUAUCAGAGAGUCACAUACUUCACAUGUAUAACUGAAACUCUGAGUAAUGACAGAGUGAAUCCAGACUGUUUUUCAAUAAAUAUAUACUCUACUUU